AUGGAGCCCGACUUCUACGCGCUGCUGGGGGUGCCCCGGAAUGCCUCCAGCGCGGACCUCCGCGUCGCGUACAAGCGUCUCGCCGCUUCCGAGCGACCUCCUGAAAGUUCGGCCCGCCAGCGCGGCGGAAAGUCCGAAUCGAUUGCCGAUGCGAAACGCCGGCGCUGGCUCCAAAUCCAAACGGCCUACGACACGCUGAUGAACCCGCGGCGCCGCGGGCUCUACGACCGAAACUGCCCUGGUGCAAGCGAGCCCAGUCCUCUUCUGGAGCCAAAGGAAGACCCCCCUACAGCGGCAGGAAGCCUUCUGGAUCUGCCUCCGGCCUUGAGUGCAGAAGAGGAUUCGAGUUGGGGGCGCGUCCGGCAAGUCUUCGAAGAGCUCCUCUCCGAGGAGCCGGCCGACGACGCUCCAAGAAAGGUGGUUGAUUUUGGGGGCCCCCUGACAGCCUGGGAGGAAGUCCGGAGAUUUUACGAUUUCUGGAGCACCUGGGGCACGCGCCGGCCCUUUGAGAGCGCCGGCGCCUUCAGCGCCGAGGAGAUGGCAGCAGCACCCAACCGCGCCGCCAGGCGCUGCAUGGAGCAGGAGAACGAGAAGCGCCGGAGGGGGCAGCGCCUGAAGUUCAAUGCCGAGGUGCGGGAGGCGGUGGCGGCUCUGCGGGACCGGGACCCGCGAGUGCAGGCCCGGGCACGCGCCUGUGCAGAGGAGGCCCAAAACCGGGAGGCUUUUCGCGAGGCCGAGGAGGAGCGAAGGCAGGCCGAGCGCCGGGAGCGUCGGCGUGCCGCCCGCGAGAGUGAGCUGCAGCGCUGGGCCGAGACCGAAGCGGAGGCCGCGGCCCUUUCGACUUCGGCUUCGGCGCCUCCUACGCCAUCUUUUCCCCCGUCCCCCUGGGUUUGCAACAUUUGUGAUGGCAAGGCCUUCCCUUCGCACCAAGCUUACGAAGAUCACCGGGCUUCCAAGCGACACAAGCGAAAUGCGCGGGGCUCGCCGGAGAUCUCGCCUCCGGUGGCGAGCCCUGCCAUGAUGUCUCCUUACAUGCUGCCGUCCACUGCAGCUCCGGUGAACAUGGACAACCUGCCAGGCUUGCAGCUUCCAGUGGCUGCCUCUAGCAGCACGGGCCAAGAAGCAGAGGCCCAAGACGAGUGGGGUGCUGGCUACCUUUCCACCCUGCGGAAAGAGCACUGGUGCGGAAUCUUCGCAUUCCUCACGAGCCGCGAAACCAUCCUUCCCAUUGGGGCUCUGCUAUGUGCGAGGGCUUUGCGGUCGGGCGCUUUUGCCGAUGCCGGGCUCUGGCA